AUGGUUUAUAAGAAUUUCGAUCUGAAAAAUCGACCAAUAAAAGUGCAGAAGAUUAUAACAGUGAGAUUCUUCUUACCUGCAAGAAACCAAACACUCAUAUGUUGUGAUGGAGCAUCGAGAGGUAAUCCAGGUGUUGCGGGUUAUGGCUUUGUAUGUAGAGAUGAUCAGGGAGGUUUCAUAUAUGCUGAAGCUAAAGGUCUGGGGAUUGCAACAAAUUACAUUGAUGAAAUAAUAGCUAUUGCAGGUGCAUCUGAAUGGGCAAUACAUAAUAAUAAGCUUGAUAUAUGCAUUAAUUCAUACUCUAAAGCUGCAGUAAGAUGGAGAAGAAUAAAGGAAUUACUAAGUAAUAUCCAAUUUGUACAUAGUAUGAGGGAAAUCAAUUUCUCUAUUGAUUCCAUGGCAAAGAAAGGUGCAGGCUUGGAGAGAGGAGAAAUAAUCAGAUUCAAUAUUAAACCAGCUUUCAUCCAUGCUUUGGAAUCACCUGAGAAAAUUUACUAUUGA